AAUGUCAACAAAUGGGAGUUUGUUAUGAUUCAGCGAUAAGAUCGGAGCGGAUGAUUCGUGGCUUAAACAUGGGCACGGAAUUACAACACUACUAUCUGGAACUGUCCCCGGAUCCGAUUCGUUUCGACGGUACCGGACUGCUGACAAACGUAUUCUUUGACGAUGCCAAACAACAGGUGAUUGCGGUCCGCUCGGGUGGAGCUACGGGAAUCGUAGUGAAAGGUGCGCGAGAUGGCGAGAACUUUGUGUUUUGCAUGGACCUACACUCGACCGAUACGCCCGAUGCACAGAUUCGCUCGAUCAAGUUCUCCAUCGACAAUCAGGUGCUGGCGGUGCAGCGUAGCGAGACGUCCGUGGAGUUUAUCAGCUUCUUGCCAAACCAUCGGCCCAACCUGCAGGAGAUGCUAAUGUACAAGGGCAAAAGCAUCAUCAAUGGGUUCGUUUGGGUGCAGGAGCGACAGGUAGCUCUGUUCACGAACGUAGGAGUGGAGAUAUUGAUGGUCAACUUUGAGAAGCGUGUCCUCAAAUCCGUCAAAUCGCUAAGCAUCACAAUGAACUGGUUCAGUUACUGUCCCGUUUCGAAGUUUGCGCUGUUGUCCUCCAAUUUGGGGACUAUUCUAACACCGAUCAUCCUGAAGCCGGCAACAAUCACCAAGCUACCCAGGCUGGAACUGGGUAUCGAUCAAGGCUGCAUGGGAAAAGACGUGACACUCGCCCAGCUGUACGGAACGAAUGCAAUAUUGAUUCUUAGACAGCCACCGAACCGACCGUUUGAGGUAGUAAUUUAUCUGCUGAACGGGCCUGGGCUGGCACCGAAAAAAUCCCACAUUCUUAAGCUGGGCCAGAGUGGUCGUUUCGCCAUGAACGUGGUUGAUGAUGUGGUGAUCGUACACCAUCAGGCGACGGCUAGCUCGAUGCUGUUCGACAUUGCGCUUAGUAGCAGUGAAACGGAACAUAGCACGGGAGCCGUCAUACACUCACCGAUCAUACCGGCGAAACCUAUUCGACCGUUUCAGCUCGAAGUUCCAAGCAUAUCGCUCGAUGGGAAAACGAUGAACUGUGAAUUAUAUACGAAAGAUUGGGUGCUGUUUCAACCAAAUAUUGUGAUCGAUUCGAAGCUCGGAUGCUUGUGGUUUGUUCAGCUUAAGUUGAGCGCACUCUGCGCACUAAUCACCGAUCGUUUACGGUUGGUGGAAUUUUUACUUCAACGCAGCGAAGGAAAAGCUGUCAUUCUUUCCGUGCUGAAAGACAUGAUGAGCACCACGUACAGUGGGACGAUGUUACCCGUGAUCGAGAGCAUUUUCCAUAAGCUUAACGCGCUGUACAAAAGUGUGUUGGACAGCGAGUUGCAGAGCCAAAUGGCGCUGAUGUCUCUAGCCAAAUCGCCGAUAAAAGUUCCUACUCCGCCGCGGGUCCUGAUCGAUCAGACCGACAUGUACUCGAUCGUAUUUUCCACCAUCAUCGAUGCGCCACAGAUGGGAAAGAUUUUGCUGCUGUAUCUAAAUUCGCUAGCGCGUAAUGGAAUCAACGCGAACCACGAGCUAAGUAAGGCACUCUUGAUUGAUCUGGUGAGCCACAAACAGUUCGACACGUUACAGUUUUUGUUGAAGUAUUCGGCACUGAACGAAUCGAAAGCUUUGGCCUGCUUUUUGCUAUCUUUGUCGAACGUCGUGCAUCCAGUCAUAUCGCAAAUGGCGCUUGAUAUGUUGGCACGGCUAAAUGCGAAUGAAAUCAUACUGGAGGUGCUACUGGAACGAGGCCAGGUUAUCGAUGCGCUACGGCUGGCGAAACAGAUGCCUGGGGCGGAUUCCUUGCCGGCGAGAAAAUAUCUUGAGGCUGCAUUCAAAACCGGUGACCCGUUAAUAUUCCAUUCGGUGUACAACUUUUUCCAGAUGAAAAAUGUGCGACUUCGUGGUUGUCCUGAUUUUUUGAAACAUGAACAAUGUGGAGAGUAUGUACAAUAUUAUCAAAGUUUAAUCGCAAACCAAUGCUUAUAGAGUUAAUCCGCACUGUAUCGAAG